AUGAGUGAACGUCCAAAAAGAAAGAGAAGGCAGGUUGCUUCUAGAAACGCAAGAGCCAGUAAUGCUCAUUAUGUUGGCUACGUGGAGGAUAAUGAAUCAGUCGAGGCUAUCAUGAAGAAAUUCGAGGAACUGGAGCGCAUACAGCAAGAAUUCACCUCUCCUCCUAAACAAACCAACGACACGUUGCAAGAUCAACUAGAACAAGAUGGCCAUAAUCAAGAUACCCUUAUAGAAGAUCCGCUAACGCAAGAGCAACUAGAGGAGGUGUUUCGUCGCACAUCUGCAUUCACAGUGAAAAGCGUUUCUCUGGAUCCUGAUUUCAUCGUGGAUAUGGACGCGCUGGAUCUAUUACAAGCAGAAUAUCGAUAUAACAAUACGAAUGAAUUUAUAGAAGAAGAUGAUUACUAUUACGUGGGAGAUGACUUUGAUCUAGAUGGGCAACAAGACGACAAAGACGAGCAAUACAGAGACAGACAUUAUAGACGCUCUACUCCAUCGAAAAAGAAACGCCUUGAUCGACAGGCUGUUUUGAACAAACACAAGAUGUUGGCAGCGCAAACAAAGGAUGAGGCAGGAAGAAUUGCUACAGCAAAGAGACAGACGUACGAUAUAGACCCUUCGCUACCUACCUACGUCAAGAUACCACCUAGGCCCAUUAAAGCAUCCUGGGCUCACUCCAUCAAGCCUCUCUCCGAAACCACACUGCCCACAGAUUACGCCUAUCAUGAAGUGCACCGUCUUGUUGAUCAGGAUUUGAGACAGUAUGGAAGUCAAUUUCAGGCCAUUUACAUGGACCCGCCGCUUCUCAUGGCAGGAGAACCACCUACACCAGGCAAGAUCAAUAUAGAGGACUUUGCCAAGCUAAAUGUGCCUAAUGUAAUAGAAACUGGAUUUCUGUUUAUAUGGUUGGAAAAAGAGUGGCUCCAUAGAAUAGUCAAGAUUGCAACGCAAUGGGGAUUUAGAUACGUUGAAAACUACUGCUGGAUCAAAAAGAACAUCAACAACACCAUCUACAAGGGCGAAUCCAAUUACUUUUGCAAAAGCAAACUAAACUUGCUAAUAUUCAAGAAGGAGCAGCACAAGAUUGAAAUUAGACACCAACGCAACGCAGACUGCCUGUUUGACUUUGUAAAGCCCAUGAAAGCAGGUCAAUUAACAGAGCCAAAGCCCUCAUACGUGUAUCAUGUCAUUGAGACACUGCUGCCGAAAUCAGUGCAAGAAUCCAAGCUGCUUGAACUAUGGUCCCCAAGGAACCACAGACGCCAGGGAUGGACAACUGUGGCAGAGGUGUAA